GGGUCAUCUGGCGUUGGAUCGUCUGGCUCGACAGCGGGCAUCGGGUCACCAGGCAUGACAGCGGGCACUGGGUCAUCAGGCAUUGGAUCGUCUGGCUCGACAGCGGGCAUCGGGUCACCAGGUAUGACAGCGGGCACCAGGUAUGACCGGAUUGUCUGGCUCGACAGGGGUCACCAGGCAUGACAGCGGGCACUGGGUCAUCCGGCAUUGGAUCGUCUGGCUCGACAGCGGUCAUCGGGUCACCAGGUAUGACAGCGGGCACUGGGUCAUCAGGCGUGAUAGGAUCAUCAGGCUAGAUCA